CCCGGGGGGGGCUCGGGGGGUCCCGGAGGGUCCGGGAGGGUCCCGGGGUCGGUCGGGGUCGAGGCCGCUCCCAGGCGGCUCCCGGUGCCGGUUUCGCCAUGGGCCGCCGCAAAUCGAAGCGGAAACCGCCGCCCAAGAAGAAGAUGACGGGGACGCUCGAGACGCAGUUCACGUGUCCCUUCUGCAACCACGAGAAGUCCUGCGACGUCAAAAUGGACCGCGCCCGCAACACGGGGGUGAUUUCGUGCACGGUGUGCCUGGAGGAGUUCCAGACCCCCAUCACCUACCUGUCGGAGCCCGUGGACGUUUACAGCGACUGGAUCGAUGCGUGUGAAGCUGCCAAUCAAUAGCGGGGAGGGGCGGACGCAGAGACCCUCCCUAGAGCCUCCCCGACCCCCAGG